AUGUCGCUGCCCUACACCUUGCUCGUCCUGGCUCUCGACAACGGUGUCGGCCGCACUCCUGCGAUGGGCUGGAACAGCUGGAAUACGUUUCGUUGUGAGGGCCUGGACGAAGCGCUCAUCCAUGAGGUCGCCGAUGCGAUGGUUUCCACAGGGCUUCGCGAUGCGGGCUACCAGUACGUCAACAUAGACGACUGCUGGAUGGACAAGAAGCGGAGUGGAGACGGCCACAUCGUUGUCGACCCUCGCCGUUUUCCAAGCGGCAUGGCGGCGCUCGGCAAGUACAUCCACGAGCGGCGGCUCAAGUUUGGAAUCUACUCGUGCGCAGGAGAGACGACGUGUGAGGGGCUGCCGGGCUCAUACGGCCACGAACGCGAGGACGCGGCCGAUUACGCGUCGUGGGGAGUUGACUACCUCAAGCUCGAUUUUUGCGGCAUGGAGAAGGUGCCGACGGCGGAGAGGCAGCCGGAGCGGCGGUACAGCGUCAUGCGCGACUCGCUCAACGCGACGGGGAGGCCGAUGCUGUUUUCGCUCUGCAACUGGGGCGGCGGGCGCCCGAACCGCUGGGGGCACAACGUGGGCCACAGCUGGAGGACGGGGCGGGACGUGUUUGCAGUGUGGGAUGAGGCGGCGGCGCGGAAGCUGCACAAGUUGCCGGGGUACCUCCAGUCCAUCAUGACGGCGGUCGAGGAUGCCGACGCGGCGCAGCGAGCCGUGGACGGCCCCGGCGGCUUCAACGAUCUCGACAUGCUCGUGUGGGGGAUGGUCGGCGGGCUCACCCGCACCGAGCAGCGGACCCACUUCGCGCUCUGGUGCAUGCUCUCCAGCCCCCUCAUGCUCGGGAACGACCCGCGCCGCAUGAGCGCUGCCACGCGCCGCAUCCUCACCUCCAAAGGCAUGCUCGCCAUCAGCCAAGACCCGCUCGGCGUCGCGGCGCGGCGCGUGUGGCGCAACGGGCCGCUCGCGAUCUGGAGCAAGCCGCUCGCCGACGGCGCGCACGCGCUGCUGCUUUUCAACGGGGGCGAGACGCCGGCCGACAUCACCGUCCGCUGG